AUGAACGAUGUGCCAUCAAAUAUCAAUAACGAAAGUGAAUUUUUAAAUUAUCUCGGCCUUCAGUAUCAAGAUGUUAUUACACAACUUGGAGAUGGUGUUAUUUAUAUGGUUUUUUCCAGGCAGUAUAAAAUCAGUUUUGCAUUGAAGUCAAUACCUCAAACAAAAUUCAAUACAUCGGAAAUUGAUUGCUUUCAACUCUUGGAUGAUCCAAAUAUCGUUAAUUUAUAUCAGUAUUUCAGUUUCAACGGAAAAGUUUAUUUACUUAUGGAGUAUUGUACAAAUGACUUAGACAGAUAUUUGCGGAAUAAACCUCGUUUAUCAAGUGAAGAUCAAUUGACUCUUGUUUUUAGUGUUGCUCGCGCUGUAAAAGCUUGCCAUGAUAAAGGAAUAGCUCAUUCUGAUAUUAAACCUUCUAAUUUUUUGAUAGAUCAACAUGGAAGACUUAAGAUUAAUGACUUUGGUAAUGCCCAAAUUGUUUCACCCGAUCAAAGAUCAAAUUAUUUCAACGGAACUAAAAAUUUUCAAGCCCCAGAAAUCUGGAAGCAUGAAUUCUAUGAUCCGUAUAAAGCUGAUAUUUGGUCUCUCGGCGUAACAUUCUAUAUAAUAGCCACUGGUAACCAUCCAUUUUCAUUAUUUGACAAUGAGCAGAUGAAAGGUCAAAUACUAGCAGGGUCAUUUAAUGAAUCUCGCAUAGGUGAUCCAUGCAUGAGGCAAUUGAUUAAGCUUUGCCUUGAUAUAAACCCAGAUAACCGCCCUGACAUCGAUACAAUAAUCAACCUUCCUAUGUUUAAUGUGGCACAGCUUCGAGCACAAGAAAAUAUUAAAUUGAGUAAGAAUGAUCCCUUAAACAAGACUCAUUUAAUAAUUGUGAAACCAAGAGUGGGGAGAAUAAAGACAAACUCACUCAAGUCACCUCAGUCAAUGACAUAUUUGCCAAAAGUUCUUUAG